AUGAGCUCAGAUUCGGAAGAGAGCCACUCCAGCGCUCACCAUGACCAUGGAGACGAGAUAGACGCCAGGGAAGGCGCGAUGGGCGCUUUCGAGACACAAGAAGAUGGUUCUGAGGGAAGCGCGACCGAGCGGAGAAGCGCGGACGAAGAGGACAGCGAAGAUGUGCAGUCGGUAGACAACGGUAUCGAGGGCCUGACGUUUGCCAGGACACGGCGGAGAAGCCCCCAGGAAGAGACGCAUGAUUCAGCAUCAGUGCUGUCCAUACGACCGACUAUAGAGGUGGCAGGUAGCCCUGCCUCGACGGACAUACCCGACGACACCCCCUCGGUUCAGGGUUCCGGUAUAUCCUCACCCACAAGCAGCGUGCCCGUGUCGCACAACUCGCUUCGCCCUCACCGACCGACCUCACUGCAGCCAUUCGAACGCCGCUUCUCGUCCCGCCUAUCCCCAUCCCCUGGACCAACGCCACGCGGCCAGUCGCCUGCCUUCCUUUCGCCGCACUCGCGACAAUCCUCCGUAUCGAGCAAUCUCGUCUUCCAACAACUGUCCGAUGACGGGUCCGAGACACCUCAAGCGCCGUGGGAGGUCGUGCGAUGGACAAAGCUGAAGAAGAUCACUGGACAAGUCUUCUCGGAGAUUGGCAAGCGCAACUUCGGCAGGCCCACAUGCUUACAUGUGACGGUCUCGUUGGCGAUAGGAACGUCGAAAGGCUUCAUCCUCAUCUUCGACUACCAGCAGGUCCUCAAGUCCAUCAUUGGACCGGGUACGAAGGCUGUCGAAUGCGGUGCCAUCACUUCGCUAGCCAUCGCUGCUGAUCACUCGGCCAUUGCAGGGGGGCAUGCGACAGGUCACAUCUUCACAUGGGAGUUGGCGAAGCCGGCCAAGCCAUUCUUGCACAUCCCGCCUCUGGAAAGGGCGUCUCUCGAGGACAACAAGUCAGAUGGCCAUGUUUCGGGCGUAGCCAUUCUGCAUCUGGGUUUCCUCGGCACCCGGCGCACAGCCCUCGUCUCCGCAGAUGACGCAGGCAUGGCCUUCUCCCAUCUCGCGACACGUGGGCUAGGGGCAAUCGCGCGGACGGUCAAGACGACGCGGAUCUUGGGGCGAUAUCCAUUGUCGGCAAAGUCACUGGAGAAACCUCGGAAACCAAGUUCUGUGCUGGCCUUCGCUCCCCUGCCAUUAGGCAACGUUGAGCAGCCAACCGACAAUAUGGGUCUGACCGCACUGCUAACACCCUAUCUGUUAGUCAUUGUCUCGACUACUCCGGUUGCACAGACCCAGCACAAAGCGCCCCGACCCAAGGAUGUGGAAGCGCACAGCGCGUUGAGCGGGUGUUUGGCUUGGUUUCCGGCUGUCAAGCUGAAGAGUUCCUCCGACGGUUCCGAGAACGCGAUAUCCAAAACAAAGCUCGUGUACUGUUGGUCUAACGUCCUGACCAUACUCGAAGUCGACUCCAUCCUGCCGCCCCCGUCGGAAAGAGAGAAGCCUGUUGAGCUUCGCUUCAGACCUCGGAGUCGCUGGAAGGCGGAAGAAGCUAUUGUUGCUGUUCAGUGGCUGAGUCGAUCAGUUCUCAGCAUGCUUACCAUCAGUCAGCGCCUCAUGAUCUUGGAAGACAACACCCUCCGCGUGACAGACUCAUUCGACUUGCUGCAAAAGCACAUCUACCACUCGGACCUUUUCUCACGACAGCUCAAGCCGGUAGUUGAGCAGCUUAAUGAAGAAGAUGCGUCGCUACAUGGUGUUGUGGCAGAUGCCUUCUACAUGAGCUUUCGGGCUUACAAGGGUCGGCUGUUUCUCCUGGGUUUCAACGACUGCUCCAUCGGCACUCUCUCAAACUGGGCUGACCGCCUGCUGGCAUUGAUGGAAGAUGGCGACUACAUUGCCGCUAUCGGUCUCGCGACUUCGUACUACCUCGGGGAUGCGGACAAGCUCACCGUCGGACUGCCCGACGAUGACAAAGCACGCCAUGCGCUUGUACAGCCAAAGCUGCUCGAGAUGAUUACGGCCUCAUUGAAGUAUUCCUUCUCAAGACAGGACGACGUAGAUCGUGAUGCUCAGGAGCGUCGAGCGAAAGAGCUUGCUGAGGUGGUCUUCACAGGUUUACUAUGCAUGGAGGAAUACGACUUCUUGUUCGAAGACGUGUACGAUACCUACGAAGAGGCUUCAGCAGAAAAGGCUUUCUUCGAAACCCUCGAGCCAUACAUACAAGACGAUGAGAUCACUGCAGUACCACCGAACGUCUUGAAGGACCUCAUCACGUUCUACGCCUCAGCCAAUCGCUCCGCCCAGCUCGAAGAGAUGAUCUGCCGGCUCAGCACCGAUACGAUGGAUUUGAACCAAGUCACCAUGCUAUGUCAACAAUACGUACUGUACGACGCGCUGAUCUACGUGUGGACAAGGGCUAUCGGCGACUACAUCACACCACUCACCAACAUCCUUGAGCUUAUCAAGCUCGUAGACUUCGAUGUAAAUGAGACGGAGAACAUCUAUCUCACUGCCGCGAAGAAGAUCUUUCCUUACCUAGCGUACACCUUCACCGGGCGGGUGUAUCCUGGCGGCGCGUUCAUGGAGGAUGACCAAGCGUAUAGUGCCAAGAAGGACAUGUAUCGGUUCCUGUUCUCGGGUAAGAAUAUGGAAUGGCCUCCAGGCUCGGGCGAUGUCAUCUUGACACAGUCUGACGGCAGCCCAGAGCCUCCAUUUCCGUAUCUGCAGCUCGUCUUGGACUUUGACGCUUCGAGCUUCAUGAGCAUGUUGAACGAGGCCUUUGAAGACAGCUUCUUGAAUGGCGAGCAAGAUGCGUCAAACGGGGACCAGCUUAACGGCACGCACAAAGGGUCCGCUCUCACUCCCACUCGCCAGUCCAUCAUCAACUACCUUUUCGGGAUCAUGAAUACCGACAUCUUCGACCCGGAGGACAUCAUCUACUUCUACAUGUUCGUCGCGCGAAAUCUACCGAAAUACCCGCAACAUAUAAUGCUUCCAGGCACGUCGCUGCAUCAAGUCCUCAUCGGUCUCUGCGACUACCCUACGGAAACGAUCAAGGAAGACUGUCAGCUCUCAGUCGAGUAUCUUCUCUCCAUCUACCACCCACCCAGUCCACAGAAUCUUGUGCCGCUCUUCGAGAAGGCUGGCUUUCAUCGCGUGCUCAAGUCCGUGUACCGGAGCGCACACCAAUACGCUAAGCUGCUCGAAACGUACCUUGACGAUGAAGAAGACGAAGAGGCGGUGUUUGGAUGUAUUGCUGACAUCUUUCGGCCAAGCAAAGGUGUUAACAAGAAGCAGCUGAACGAGGUCAAGACAGUCAUCGUCAGUCGUGCUGCAGACUUGGCUGCGAUCGACGCGUCGCAAACUGCGGUGACAUUGAAGCAAUAUGCGCCCGACCUGCUCGAGCCAGUUCUCGACGCUAUCGAAGCCGGAAGCGAUGCGCAGUACCGCUAUCUACAGGCUCUGAUCGAACCAGAGCAAGCUGCGACAGGCAGUGUUGCGCCCAUCGAUGAGAAUUUACCUUCUGGAUUCAUCGAGAACUACGUCCAGCUUAUGUGUACUUACAAUAGCGCGCAUGUCGCAGACUUCGUCGGCUCGUUGAAGUCCAGCGACCUCCGAUUGGAUCCUGUUCUGCCCGCGCUGGAGAAGAGCGGUGUCAUUGACGGUGCGGUCAUUUUGAUGGCUCGAGAUGGCCUAGUCCAGGGAGCCAUGGACCGACUAGUGAAGCAUCUUGGUACGCUUCAGACUGCCUUGAUAGGUCUCAUCGGAGCCGCAUCAGAGACGCCAGAUGUGGCCAACACCGAGGAAGCAGUCCACGAUCUUCUCGAAGACAUCCAGAAGUACAUCAAGGUUGGCAUAUGGUUAUGUCAAGGACAGACCCGAUCCAAAGAGCCGCGGCCAGAGUCAACUAUCGACAGACGGAAGUCGGCAUACGGAGAGGUUCGUGAAGGGGAUCUUGCGCCAGACGAACUAUUAUGGCUUGAGCUUGUCGACACGUCCGUGAGACUCAUCAGAGACACAUCCAGCGCCGUUGCUGACCAUGAUGCAUCCAUCACAUCAACGGGCAUUGACCCAGCAGAUACCGUCGACACCGCUCGCAUCGUAUCCACUCUCCGCUCCUCGAUCCAACUAACCUUCUCCGCCCUCCUCACGUCCACCACCAUCCCACCCACACGAAAGACCCCCCAAUCUCACUCAACUUCAGACCCAACAACCCGCCCACCCCUCCGCCACACCCAAUCCAACCCCUCCUUCCUCCGCAUCCUCCGCUGCUUCCUCACCCGCGCAACACACACCUACUCGCCCUCGCUCUCAGACCUCCGGUCCGUCCUAUCCGAAAUCUUCGCAGCCUACACCUUCGAAGAAACCAUCCUCAGCCUCGCAAACCGCUUCCUCGAUAAAGAAUCCUUCGAGCACGUCCACGAGAUCACCGAGCUGCGGAAGCGCGGGUGGAGACCCCGCGGCCAGGUCUGCGAGGGGUGUAAGAAGAGGGCUUGGGGGCCUGGUGCGGGCCCGGGUGUGUGGGAGGCGUGGGAGAAGAGGGAGGAGGGGAGGAGGAAAGUGAGGGAUGAGAUGGUGGGGAAGGGGGAGGAGGGGGAGGGCAGUAGGAAGGCGAAGGGGAAGAGACCGAGUCAGGCGGAUGUGUUGGAUGAUGGGGAGGAGGAGGGGGAGAGGGGGGAGGGGCUUGUGCUGUUUGCUUGUAGGCAUUUGUGGCAUCGGGGGUGUUUGGAGAAGGAGAGUGGCGAGCAGGAGGGUAAUGGGGAAGUGGGGAAGAUGAUGGGGAGGGUGGGCUUGAAGUGUCCGCUUUGUUGA